CACUCUCAAUUGGCUCAGCCCUCUUCAAACUUUACGACAUGCAACAACUUUUGUGCGGGGUCUCUCAAGAACUCGAGGAAUUGACUGACACCGGCCGAUUUCACGGUAAAAUUGAUUCCGAAAUCCCAACCAGACGCAUCUUACCACACCAAACGACUGAGAUCUUCAGGGUUAGUGAUUCGAUAUCAGUGUUUCCACCCGCCUCCGCUCCCUAGAGGGUCGUGCUGCGUCCAAUCCAUCAUACGAGAUGCACAGAAUCACACUCUACUUACCUUGAGAAAUGUAGUCAGCCAUCAUGAUAUCGAUUGAUGCAGGCUGAUAACCCUCCUCCACCACGUUUACCCUGUUUUGGCCCGAGGCAGCCGUGGCGAGCUGCUGCUUUCCUCUCCCCUGACCAUGGCCCAGCCCCGACGCGUCGGAGACAGCGCGCUAAACGAAUUCGCUCUCAAAUUGGGUCUGGACUCGCUCAGAAUCCUCCUCGGCCCCAAAUCUUUCUUUGACAGUCCCAACCGAUGAAUUUUGUCUCACGUCGGGCCCCAAUCUGGCGUGCGGCACGACACAUCGAAUCCGAUCGCGCGAAGCUGGUUUUUCCUCCUAGUAUCAUAUGCUUCCCCCCUCAUGGCCGUUUCUCCGCACUGCGGCACCUCGCUCGAAGAGGCAUCCACCUCGGUCCCUUGAGCACAGGGGGCGGGUUUGGAGUAGCUUUUAACAAGAGCCCCUCAUGAAACCGUCAACGGAACCUUUCAUCCCUAAACAUCGCGGACCUUGAAGAACGCCGCGCCCCCAUCCCCCGGCCCGGUCCAGAUAUAGCUGAACACAGUCUGCUCAACGAUUCCGCGAUGGUCCUAUCUCCUGCCCCACCGAGCGCGGUCACCACACGCAAUAUGUGGUUCUAUUCCGAGUUUUUCGCCAGCGGGCUGCGCGCAAUGGGGCGCAGCCGACGGGGCAGCGUCCUGGUCUCUGCAUCCCAGACGUCCUCCCCAUCUUUGUCACCCGUGGCGUCCUUCAAGUCGCUCUCCCUGGGACAAAGUCUCACGCGUCGUCCAAGCCGCUCCCACUCCCUGUCAUUCACGCCGAUCUCGCGUCGGGCUUCCGCGGCGAGUGCGGUCCCUGCCGCGACUGCGAGCUCAGAGACGCGGGCGACGCGUCGACGGUCCUCCAUUAUUGGCAUUCCUGCGCGCUUUUUGGAACGCGUCAGGGCUGCGGGUAAAGCUGCCGAAGCGCAGUCACUGCAUGCGCUCCCUUCCUCACUGCCCUCCUCCCCCUCCCCCGCCGCCUCUAGUUUCCUUAUCAAUGAAUCUCGGCCCCAAUCCCCGAUCAUCUCAAGGCGUCACUCGGCUAAGCGCGCAUCUGUGUACAGCAAUCCCCCGGCGUUCCUGCCUCUGCUCCCAUCUCUCUCGCGGACCUCGUCCUUCUACUACGUCGCACCCGAAAAGUACGACUUUCAGCAGGACGAAGACUGCCUCGUCCCGUCGACACCUGUUUGCCUCGAGCUCGAGCACUGGCUGGAGGAAGAGCUGGACAGCCAGGCCGCCGAUGAUGUCGAGUGGCGAUAUGUCGACGCUGACGCUCUUGCGUUCAUUGAUUGGCACCAAUUCCAUAUACAAGUCUUGCAGCGGAUCGCCUGAUACCGCCACCACUCGUGCUAUGACAAUCCUUUGUUGUAUAUAUACUCGAGUAUGUGUGUACCAUCAUCAAUGUAGAGUACCAGUAGUACCUUAUCUAUUCUGUAGUAGGCAUGUAGAUUGCU